AUGGCAGGUUCUUUUGGGAGGAAAGCCUCCACUCCGUCCAAGGGCUUCUCCGCCAAACCCUCCUCCGCCAAACGCAAUAGGAGCAUCACGACCUUCUUUCAAAAGACCGAUGGCCCUCCCGGAGCUACUUCACGCCAAUCCCGAAUUACGCAAUUUGUGACUACCUCACAAUCCCCGAGCAGUGGCCGUGGAACCUCAACCCCCUCCCAUAAUGGAACCGGCGCCAGAAACGACGCGAAUGGACUGUUCCUGGAAGAUAGGAAGGGUUCAAACAGGAUAGGCAAAUCUGCUGCUACGGACACGACGGAAAGGACGCGAUCACGAACGCCCGACGAUAUCUGGGACGACGAGAACGAAACCUCGGAGACCGAGGACCUACGAUACCACGAGAAAGAAUCAUCUGUCAAGCGUCAGAAGGUUGAUACUGCGGACGCGGCAGUUGAUAACACAAGACUAGGUUUAUCGACAACACCCAAAGACUCGGUACUAGCAAAGAAAACGAAUAAAGGACCGUUUAUCGACGAGUCCGACAGCGAAGAUGACAUGAAUGCCUACCGCGAUUUGAACGAGGCAGCUCCAGCACCGAAUGAUACGAAUAAUGAAAUACCAUCUCUGAUGAAUGACGAGCUUUCCAAAGACCUUGCCGAAUCCGAGCAGCCGCCGCCGGUAAGAGACGCCACGACUUGUGCAGGAAAUGAAGGGUACAUGAAUUUUGACGAGCUUGAAGAAGACGGAUUUAUAGGAGAAGAGUUUUUGGACAAACCCUGGGAGAACUCGGAUACAGAACAACCGGGUAAUGGGCUUGAGUUUGGUGAUACCGAUGAUUUAAUAAACGGCGAAACGAAUCCUGUGUCAUGUCCGAUUUGCCAGACAGCCCUGCUUGGACACGAUGAAUCUGAAAUAACUGUACAUGUGAAUGAUUGUUUAGACGGAAAGCCCACUUUGGAAACAUCUCCUUCAAAAACGCCACGAAAACCACUAUCACCCAUGUCAGCACCUCCACAACUACCUGAAGACCCGAUUGAUAGCGAUAAUUUAAGACGAACAGAAAGAGCUGCAAUUGCACGACCUGCCCAGUGCGACCCAUAUUCUCAGAAUGCCAGUGGUGGAGGAUCUGCUUCUGCGUUCUCCAAAAUGAUGGCCGGCAACGCCGAGGAUUCCGCUUGGGCAACGGCUGCUUCAAACGAGGUCUCAUCUCGUGGCAAGCAGGCUUACCAGAGGACUUGUCCAUUCUACAAGAUUCUCAAUGGAUUUGCUAUCACCGUUGACGCCUUUCGCUAUGGGGCAGUUGAAGGAUGCAAUGCAUAUUUUCUCAGCCAUUUCCAUAGUGACCAUUACAUUGGUCUCAGUAAGUCUUGGUCUCACGGUCCGAUCUAUUGCAGUCGACCGACGGCCAAUUUGGUCCGCAUGAAACUACGAGUCGACCCCAAGUGGCUGGUUGACCUAGAUUUUGAGACGCCCACAGACGUUCCUGACACAGGCGGCGUGCGAGUUACCAUGAUCCACGCCAACCACUGCCCAGGUAGCUCAUUAUUCUUAUUCGAGAAGACCUUCGGUAACGGGCCCAACAUACGCAGAGAACGCAUCCUCCAUUGCGGGGAUUUCCGAGCUUCUGCAGACCAUAUUCGGCAUCCAAUUCUCUGUCCCGACCCCAUUAACCCGGUUACUGGGAAGCCGCGGCAGCAACGAAUUGACAAGUGCUAUCUUGAUACAACAUAUCUUGAUCCGAAAUAUGCGUUCCCCAGUCAAGAGAGCGUAAUCACUGCCUGUUCUGAGCUUUGUGUCCGCUUGAACGACGAAGCUGGCGUCGGCACCGACACGAGUCAGAUUAAAGCACCUGGUUUAAUGAGUAAGUUCUUAUCUUCUGUGACCACCGCUGGCAGUGAUCGUAAGAAAGAUCAAGUCUCAUCCACCGGGGGCCGGUUACUUGUCGUGAUUGGCACCUACAGCAUUGGAAAGGAGCGUAUCUGCAUUGGAAUUGCCAAAGCACUGGGGUCCAAGAUUUUCGCCACGCCGCCCAAACAGGCAAUAUGUGCCUGUUUGGAAGACCCGGAACUGUCGGCUUUGUUGACCAGUGACCCGCGCGAAGCACAAGUCCACAUGCAAACACUGUUUGAACUCAAAGCCGACACAUUGGCUGAUUACCUUGACAAGCUUAAACCGGCAUUUUCACGGGUAGUCGGGUUUCGUCCUACGGGAUGGACCUACCGGCCCCCCGCGGGUCGUGUGCUCACCAACCCCACGGUACCUACGGUUCUGCGUGGCGAACACUGGCGGACCCCAUUCACGGCCCAGGAUUUGACACCCCAGCGUGGGAGUACGCGAGAGAGCGCGUGCUUUGGGGUUCCCUAUAGUGAGCAUAGUUCGUUCCGGGAGCUGACCAUGUUCUGUUGUGCACUCCGCAUUGGCAAGGUCAUUCCAACGGUGAAUGUGGGGAAAGAGAAGGACCGAGACAAGAUGAAGGUUUGGAUAGAUCGAUGGGAGGGGGAGAAGCGGAAGAAUGGGCUGUUUCCUGUGAGCGAGUGGUAG